UUGAGCCGAAACUGAUUCGAGAAGUUUACAGUGUGAGGAUACUUGGACAACAGUUUGACACAAACGAAAGACAGUUUGAAGCAGGAACAGCUUUACAGUUAACUUGUACAGGACAGAUAGGCAGUGAUCCUAGUGCGACAAUACGUUGGUGCGCUAAGACUGCUGUAGCACAGUCCUUCACAGGGUUACCACAGACACCAGUCCACUCCCAGCCCUCACCAUCUGGCUGUCAGUUCACCCGUUCUAGUACUAUCACCUACAACCUUACAAGCAGUGACACCUAUACACAGUUUCUGUGUGAGUCUGGACACUCUGGUCUCUGUGGAACAGGAACAGCCAGACAGUAUGUUAACAUAACCUUAGAGAGUCCAGGGUUACAGCAGAGUGAAUCCAAUGCUUGUUCUACAGAGUUACCUGCUCUCGUUCCAGUACUUGGGUCAAUCUCAACACUAUUACUCCUCCUCUGUGUUGGACUUGUAAUGUUCAUCAUAGUCCUAAAGCACGAUAUUAAAAAUGGCAUGUGCUGUUUCCAGAGAUCAGAGUUAGUAUGUAUAUAUCAAACAUUAUAUUUAUAACAUUAUAAUGGAAUAUGGAUAUAACUAACAGCAUUCAAGCUCCUUAGUCAAUUCACAGAAUACAUCUUAGGUUACCAAACGUACCUCGAAUAUAUCAGAGGUGGUACCAAGUGCCAUGGAGGAGUGGGUAUUCCUUACGGACAGGUCACACCUGCGGGAAUACUGACAAAUCCAGGCGAUUUUAUGUGUAAAUAAUGAUCUAACAAUUAGAAUGAAAUAUAUCAGUCGAAAAUGACAGAUUAAUUGUAUUUCCUGACAAUGUCUUUGUGUCGACCAUUGAACUUGCAAAGUGAUGACUUUUAACAAAGCUCUUGAUAUUCUUGUUUCAUCAGCUUGUUAGUCAGUUACUUAAAUCGAAACAUGGAGAUAACGAACAAUAUUCAAGAUCAAAAGUCUAUAAAACAAUACAAAAUAGGAGCAGAUCAAACACAGAUCUCUAAAACAUCAGAGAGGGAAGCAGGUGCCUAGGAAUUUAUUCGUACGUAAUUUAUGGUCUUUUG